AAAGGCCUAACUGACCUGUUCGAGUCUGUCAUGCACACACACAGUCCCACUUGGGAUGAUUGCCAGCAGCUUCUUAAGACCUUAUUCACCACCGAGGAGCGCGAGCAGAUCCUCACCGAGGCCAGAAAGAAUGUCCCCGGCGACAACGGGCGACCAACGACCUUGCCGAACCUGAUGGACGAGCGCUUUCCCCUGAAUAGACCGGAUUGGGACUUUGAGAACGCAGAAGGUAGGGAGCGUCUCCGAGUCUACCGCCAGACUCUUAUGGCAGGUCACCGAGCGGCAGCACGCCGCCCCACCAAUUUGGCCAAGGUAAAGGCUAUAAUGCAAGGGGAAAAUGAAAGCCCGGCCGUGUUUUUAGAAUGCCUCUAUGAUGCUAGACAGUACACCCCGAUGGACCCCCUGGCAGAGGAGAACCAGUCGGCUGUAAUUAUGUCCUUUAUAAACCAGGCUGCCCCAGAUAUUAGGAAGAAAUUGUAUAAACAGGAGGGACUGGGAGAGACGUCCAUUCGGGAUUUGAUGAAAGUAGCAGAGAGAGUCUUCAACACUCGAGAGACUCCCGCAGAAAGGGAGGAUAGAAUUAGGAAAGAAAAUCAGGAAUUACAGGAACGAAUCAGGAAGGAAGACAGAGAGCAACAGAGUAGGGAAAACAGGAGGCAGCAGAGGGAGAUGGCCAGGAUCUUGUUGGCAGGCGUGCAAAGCACAGUCAGGGCGGGACCGAGUCCAGCCGGACCAGCCCGACCAUGGAGACCGCGGCCCCGACUGGAUAGGGGACAGUGUGCAAACUGCAAAGAAUAUGGACAUUGAAAGAGGGAGUGCCCCAAGCGCCAGGGCCAAACCGGGCAAGACGCACGGGUUCUGCUGGCGGGAAUGGACAGUGACUAGGGGACAGUGACUAGUUAGUUACCCGAGUCUUGGGUAACUGCGUAUGUGGAGGGGAAGCCAGUAAAAUUCAUGGUAGACACAGGAGCCCAGUACUCAGUUUUGAACAAGCCUACGGGGCCCUUAUCUCAGAAAACCAGUUUGGUGCAAGGGGCAACUGGGUCCAAGGCUUAUCGGUGGACCUAGGCCAGUAGGCGCCAAGUGGACUUAGGCCGCCACCAAGUGACCCACUCCUUCCUGGUUAUCCCUGAAUGUCCUGCCCCCUUAUUGGGGCGCGAUCUCCUGACUAAGAUUAGGGCCCAGAUCCACUUUGAGCCGGAUGGCAUCAAGGUAUUGGAUGGCCAGGGACAGCCCCUCCAUAUCUCGACCCUGUCUCUUGCGGACGAACAUCGCCUGUUCGCCCUGCAAGACAACCCCUACAACCCUCCCUCUACAGAAUGGCCCCGUGAUAUAGAUUAUUGGCUUAAAACGUACCCUCAGGCGUGGGCGGAAAUAGCGGGUGUGGGCCAGGCGGCCCACCGAGCACCAGUAGUGGUGGAACUUAAAGCCUUGGCCCAGCCUAUCCGGAUCCGCCAGUACCCCAUGUGUGCAGAGGCGCGGAAAGGGAUUGCCCCACACAUUAACCGUCUACUGGAAGCUGGAAUACUGAAACCUUGCCAUUCUGCCUGGAACACCCCACUUCUCCCCGUUAAGAAAACGGGGAAAGAUUAUAGGCCAGUCCAGGACCUGAAGGAAGUGAAUAAGAGGGUCGAAGACAUCCACCCCACGGUCCCUAACCCUUAUACCUUGCUAAGUCACUUGCCCCCUUCACAUGUCUGGUAUACUACCUUAGACCUAAAGGAUGCUUUUUUUAGCAUAGCCCUGGCACCCAGCAGCCAACACAUUUUUGCCUUCGAAUGGCAUGAUGGCAAUAUGGGAACCCCCGGGCAGCUGACCUGGACUAGACUACCGCAAGGCUUCAAAAACUCUCCAACUCUGUUUAAUGAAGCCCUAAAUCAGGAUUUGGACUCGUUUCGCCAGAGCCAUAAUUCAGUUACGCUCCUGCAGUACGUAGAUAACUUGCUUCUGGCGGCCCCUUCCGAGGCCGAAUGCCAACAGGCCACUGGAGACCUCCUCCAGGAGCUGGGGCAGUUGGGCUAUCGGGCCAGUGCAAAGAAGGCUCAAAUAUGCAGGCAAACAGUCACCUACCUGGGGUAUAAGCUGAAAGAAGGAACCAGAUGGCUGACAGAGGCCAUGAAAGAGACUAUUCUUAGACUUCCAGUCCCGACCUCAGCCCGAGAGGUCUGUGAGUUUUUAGGGACGACAGGCUACUGCCGGCUGUGGAUUCUGGGGUAUGCUGAAAUAGCGAAACCUCUGUAUGAGGCAACCAAGGAUAAGGUCCCUUGGGCCUGGGGGUCAGGCCAACAGAAGGCCUAUGAUGAACUCAAGGUCACUCUCUUGAGAGCCCCGGCCCUGGCAUUGCCAGACCCCCUGAAGCCCUUCACUCUCUUUGUUGAUGAGAGAAGGGGAAUAGCAAAAGGAGUGCUAAUGCAGCGUCUGGGGCCCUGGAAACGUCCGGUUGCCUAUUUAUCCAAGAAGCUAGAUCCAGUUGCAGCAGGAUGGCCCCCGUGCUUAAGGAUCAUUGCGGCAGUAGCCCUAAUGGUGAAGGAUGCCGAUAAACUCACUUUUGGGCAACAUCUGAAGGUGGUGACCCCCCAUGCGAUCGAGGGGGUCCUGAAAUACCCCCCUGGUAGGUGGAUGACCAAUGCCCGCCUAACCCAUUACCAAGGACUCUUGCUAGAUGCACCCCGGAUCAUCUUCGCUGAACCCACCGCUCUGAAUCCAGCCACCCUGCUGCCAACCCCGGAUCUGGGAGCUCCCCUGCAUGAUUGCCAAGAGAUCAUGGCAGAAGUCACCUAGGUGCGCCCCGACCUCCAGGACGCCACACUACCCAACAGUGAGUUGGUAUGGUACACUGAUGGAAGCAGCUUCAUUAUAGAUGGUGUGCGGAGGGCAGGCGCAGCGGUGGUAGACCAAGGCGGGAACAUCAUUUGGAGUGCCUCGCUUUCCCCGGGGACCUCAGCCCAGAAGGCCGAACUGAUGGCGCUGGUGGAGGCACUGGAACGGGCCGAAGGGAGACGAGUGACUGUCUACACCGAUAGCCGCUACGCCUUUGGCACUGUCCAUGUGCAUGGCGCUAUCUACCGGGAAAGAGGCUUUGUUACAGCGGAAGGAAAGGUUCUGAGCAAUCUCCCUGAGGUACGAAGACUGCUGAUGGCCGUGCAAAUGCCCCGGACAGUUGCAGUUGUCCACGUCCCCGGGCACCAGUCUGCCCGGACCCCGGAAGCUGAAGGAAACCGGCGAGCGGAUGAAGCCGCCAAAACAGCGGCAGUAGCUUCAUCAGCUUUAGCACUCACCCUGCCCACACCCGAGCUCCCUCGCCUGCCCCCGCAACCUGACUACACUCCGGAAGACCUGCGAUGGAUCCAGAGCCACCACUGCCCGGAGUCUGAUCAGCAGGGGUGGCAUCGGGAUACAAAAGGAAGAUUGAUACUGCCGGCACAGCUAGGACUGUUUCUUCUUUCCAACCUGCAUCAAGCCACCCACUUAGGAAAAAAGAAGUUGCUGACGAUUCUCGAGUCCGCCCGCCUCCGGUUUCCCCGACAAGCAGCUCAGAUCCAAGAGAUCGUAGAUCAGUGCGUUGGGUGCCAGGCUAUGAAACCCAGUAGGAAAGGACCCCAACAUACAGGUACGAGGGUACGGGGAAGAGCGCCGGGACGGAGUUGGGAAGUGGAUUUUACUGAGGUAAAGCCUGGGAGGUGUGGGUAUAAGUACUUGUUAGUAAUGGCUGACACAUUUUCAGGCUGGGUGGAAGCCUUCCCCACGAAACGGGAGACUGCCCAGGUUGUUGCUAAGGCAUUACUAGAAGAAAUUAUUCCCAGAUACGGACGCCAUUUGCCUCUGCAGUUCGGUUCCAGACUCCCGACUGGUCGAACAGUGUGCCAGCGCCUCUUCUCAGACAUUUGGUCGGCUCUCCUUUCCGAGCAGGGGAAGCGGGUCGUCCUCCAGGCCGCGGCCUCCCCGGGGCUUGUGCACCCGCCGUUCAUCCCCGUAGUCGCCAAGGGCUGCCCCCUGGGUGUUGUUCGCCCUUUCCGCUGA